AUGUUAUGCGAGAAAUGGAACCUAAAAUAUAGCGAUGCGUUUUUUUUUGAACGAGCACUUCCCGCUUUUCAGGCAUGUUCGACGCUUUACAGCUUUUCCACCUCGAUGGUGUUGCCGUGGUACGAUCAAACGGUUUUACUCGGCCCAAGUAUCUCUAGGCUGGAGGAUUUACCUAGCAAGUUUCCAUUCUUUUCUUCCAGGGCGGUAAUACAUUCGACCGACAAUUAUCGUCAUCAGAUUGCGCAUAUCACGAGCGCUCUCGCCGCAACCGGUAUCGGGUUUGAUUUAUCAAGCUUACUUACUUGUGUUUCCACAAUCGUGCCUACUUUAAAAGAUAUCAAAACGGUUCCAUGGGCGAGCGAAUUGUUUUACAAAGGCUAUAAUAUUUCGACUUUUCAAAAACAUGAGAAGCCAUCCGAAGGGGUUGUGGAAGUAAAAGAGAAAAUCAACACGAAUCCUGAGGCUUUUUGCCCGCCCUUCGUUCAUGUUUACGGGGGAACGCCUUUAAUGGCUCGCCGUAUUGCAGAAGAGGCUGUGGAUGCCUUUCUUCAUAAUACCUCGGCGAUACCAGAACAGGCAAAAAAAAACUUAAAGAAGUGUACCACAAGGAACCUCAAGUUGCUUUCUUACGAUAUCAUGCCGGUGUUGAAUCCAAAAAUGGAAACAAAAUCGUCAAGAGCCUUAGGACAACUUUCGACGGAUAACGGAAAAGAUCCAUUAAAGGAAUCAAUGGAUGACUCUUUUAACAAGGUAGGGGAGCCUCUUUUGUGGGUAAAAAAGCUUGUGCUCGGUAGUUAUGUGGAGCACUUAUCGGAUUUAAUCUUCCGCCGUUCGCACGUGGCGUAUACAAGCCCCGCAGAGGCCUUGAGCGCGCUCCCGUAUCUUGCGGAUGUAUUAAGCAAUAAUUUAAUGUGGGAUGAGCAGCGAAAAAAAAAUGAGAUUGAAGUUGCAAAGACAUUAAUUAAGAGCGUGGCCGUGAGGGUAAAUCCUAAAUGA